AUGCAGCUCCGUCUUACACCUUGCCUAGCCUUGCUGGCCGCUCCGUCCGUCCACGGCUUUCUCUUGCCAAACCUCACUGGCCCAUACUCCGUUGGCACUGUAUCCCUCGAGCUGAUCGAUUACAAGCGCAAUGAUAACUUCGCCCCAGUCCCUCAACCAAGGGACCUGAUGGUCUCUGUCUUCUAUCCCACAAGCAGCAGUGACAACUUCACCCUCGCUCCUGACUGCUCUCCCAAGGUGGCAAGCUUUCUAGACACGUUGUACGGGCUCCCGGAGGGAUUGGCGGAGUCGUUCUCCUCGCAAGCGUACGAAAAUGCGCCUGUCCGGCGCACAGAGAGGCCCAUGCCCGUUGUGCUCUUCUCACCGGGCUUUGGCGCCUUGCGCCAGGGGUACACUGCGCUCGUGUCUGAUGUCGCCAGUCAUGGCUAUCUGGUCAUCGCUGUAGACCAUCCUUUCGACAGCUCAAUCAUCGAAUAUCCCGACGGCCGAACCGUCUUGGCCAACCUGACGAUGCAGCCUUGGGACUUCCCUGGUGGUAUCGACGGAGCUCUGUACAUGCGUGUUGCUGAUCUGCAGUUCGUUCUGGACUCGUUGUCAAACGAAACCAUCACGCAGCAGAUACCGGGCCUGAAGUCGGCUAGGAUCCAAAGGGACCGUGUUUGCUCCUUUGGCCACUCCUUCGGCGGCGCCGCUUCCAUCCAGGUCAUGAAGAACGACACGCGUUUCAGGUGUGGAAUCAACAUGGACGGCGGCCUGUACGGCUCGGUAGUGACGGAGGGCACGGACAGGCCGGCCAUGAUCAUGGCCAGCAGCGUUCAUCCGGCAGGGAGCAUCGAGUCCUGGCCCGCAUUCUGGGAACAUGCGAACGGCUACAAAAGAUUUAUGCGGAUCAACGGGACAACCCACGGGUCAUUCCUGGACUUCGCUGCGGUCCUGGACGCAGUCGGGCCCCUUGUGCCUCCCGAGUUCAGGUCGAGCUUUGGGACCAUCGGGGGUGCUCGAAUGCUGGACAUUGAGAGCGCGUAUAGUACUGCUUUCUUUGGCAAAUUCUUGAAGGGGGGCAGGUGCUCGGGCAGACUGCUCGACGGCGAUAAUGUCAAGUAUCCCGAGGUCACCUUUGACAAUUCGAACCCGUAG